CCCGCACACCAUCAGCAACAUCAGAUAACCAGCCAACACUAGCAAAGAUCGAUCGAUCGAGCAGCUAGCAGCUCACCUAGUAAGUAGACUAAGAGGACGAAGAAAGAUGGCUGCAGGGGGCGUGUGGGUGUUCAAGAACGGGGUGAUGGAGCUGGAGCAAGAGGCGACGAGUCGGAAGGCGCUGGUGUACGUGCCGGCGAACGAGAGGAUGCAGUCGCUGGAGGCGCUGGAGCGGCGGCUGGGGUCGCUGGGGUGGGAGCGCUACUACGAGGACCGCGCCAUCGUGCAGCUCCACAAGCGCGGCGGCGUCGACCUCAUCUCCCUUCCCCGGGACUUCUCCAGGCUCCGCUCCACCCACAUGUACGAUGUCGUCGUCAAGAACCGCGACCACUUCAAGGUUGUCGACCUCUAGACAUGCAUAUGCGCGCCUAAGCUGCCCCAAAUCAACUAGGUAUACAUCCAUACAUGCAUAGAACAUGCAUACAUGCUACAAGUCCGGUUCAAAUAAAUGUGUUUUUUUUCUUGAACGAUUUGAAGAUUGCUAACCACGCCUGUCGCGUGGUAUAUAAACGCAGUGUGUGAUGUAACGGUGUACACGUACCUAUGGUUCGUGGAGAUAUAUACUAUAUGUCUAUAUGAUUGCAAAAAGUAUGAUGUAUCUAGUUUCCUUUUCUGUGGAAUAAAAUGAAUGGAAC